UAUAUCGGUUUAUAUGGAAAGUUGGCAACGGUGAUCUGACGAUUGUAUCCAACGGAAGAAAAGAGAGUACAAGGAAAUAGUUAACAUGCAUCGAACACAAUUCGUCUUGCUUUCGAAAGCUCUUGUUCUGGCGCUCUUCCUAAGAGGAGGAACAUGUGAUUCAAUUUGUCCCGAUGGUAUAACAAACAUCACAGCACCUAGUGGUAACCUCAUACAUCCCACGUCAGGCAAUUAUGGCGUGAAUGAGACCAAGUGCUGGAAAAUUGAAGUUCCUGACACGUAUGCAAACAUUCGUUUUCGAUAUUACAGCCGUGACAUAGAAAGGUGCAAGGAUUGUGAAUGCGACAGUAUUAAAAUAAAUAGCACCUACAAUGGUUUAGACCAGCGAUACGGUAAAGAAUGUGGACGCUAUAGUAACAACUAUUUGUACGAGUAUCUCUUUUUCGUCGAUUGGAGUGGUGGGCUUCUGUCUGAUGUUUCAGGAUCAAUUGCCUAUAUUCGUUUCGUGUCGGAUGAUACUGGACAUUACAAAGGUUUCAAUCUCACCUUUAUCGCUGGUUCAAGCGCAGACGGUGGCGCAAACUAUCUAAAUGCAUCCGAAGACGAAACCAUUACAUUUGGCACACCAAAGGCUGGCGCCCAGAAUUACCCUGCAGAUUACAGAGAGCAGUGGUUUUUAAUUGUACCCGAGGGAAGGCAGGUCCAGAUAGACUUUGACACGUUUGAUCUGGAGGAUAGUGAAGACUGCGAAAAUGACUAUGUUGAAUUCCGUGAAGCAUAUGUUACGGUUGGUGAUCCCAAAAAUAUAAAUGGCCAGUACGGUCCAAUACUGACCAAACACCUGUGUGGAAAGACCAAGCCAAGUUCCAUACAGAGUAAAGAAAACAUUGUCUGGGUUCAGUUCAAAAGUGACAGCAACUCUACCACGGUUUAUAAGGGAUUCAAGGCUUCCUUUAAAGCAGGACAAGGAAGAUUGUCUGUCAGCAACCCAUCGACGCUUCUUUUUGUCUCAGCUUUGACGAUAGUCGCGUCAAAGAAAAACUUGUUCUAAUUCAAUCAAGUGUGUUUGAGUGUGAUCAAAGUCUUGUUUGUUGAACAGUUUUCAUUCCACGUUUUCAAUUUGACUAUCUUGCUCAAUAUAGGUGCAACAAUUGAAUAGAACUAAGAAACUUUCAAGAGCAAAGUAAGGACAUAAAAAACAUCGACUUCUAAGUUUCUAAAAUCUCCAAAGGGCUGCUAAGUAACACAAAUAGCAGGCAAAAAUAACUAAACGAAUGAUAAGUCAGUGUAUGGCGCCAAGGUUACUUAAGUUUUUGGGACAUCGUUCGGACGAAAAGCUAAGCAUACUACGUUUAGCUUAGUGGAAGGCUCCAACAAUCUGUUGCUGCCUUUUUAUUCUCAGAAACACCCGUUUUUGUCUUCUAAUCGAUCACUUCUCCAACAACCACUUUUAUAUUUACAACGUCUACUAUAAGAAAAUUCAUUACUUGACAAGGGAAUUCCGCUUUGAAUUACACGCGAAAACUGAUAUCGUUUUUCGCAUCCAAUUCAAUGCAGAAUUCGCGAGUCAAGUAAUUAAUUUUCGUUGGAUGAAAAUAAAAAUAAAGAGAGAAGAGCUUUACUUAUAUUUGUUAUGUAUACGUAGAUUCCAAAAAAUAUCACUUAGCCUCGUUUUCAACUCGCAAUUCCACGCUAAAAACCUCGCUUCUUUAACAAAUCAGAAUGCGAGAUUUUAUUCAAUGAUGUGAUUCUACUGUAUACUAGAGCCAUGAGGCCACGUGUGCAUAAAUUAAGCUAGUAAACUUGUUCUCUCGUAUCGGCAUUAAAACGGAAAAUAUAAGCUAUCUCUCGCGUCUUUGAAUACAUGUAUAGAGAAAAUGUACGAUUCCUAAUUUUUUAUUAAUUCUUAUUUGGAAAGCUUAGAAUUGGUCUCUGUGAAAACAACUUGGGAAAUAAAAAACUUCAACCUCCA